GGCAAGCAAUUUAUUCUAUUAGUUAGUAGAAUUUUGAGGUAGAUAUAAAAUGCAUGACAUCAAAUCAUUGGAAAAAUCUGCCGUUAUUAAGGAACCAGACAAUCGGAUAAAAGUACAAAAUGACGGAAAAGUUCCCACACAGCCAAAUGACACUAGUACAAUAGUAUUUGUUUGGUUGGUUAUUUUCAGUUUUCUAAUGUUCACAUUUCCUUUUAUUGCUUUUUAUGGUGUCCGGUCUUGGUUGCGUGAAUCAUUUGACAUUUCGGAGUUCUAUGUCAAUUGCUGGGCGGUACUAUCCUCAGUUUUUGUGGUAAAUGUAAUUAUUUGUCUCUAUGUAUACAAAGCUGUAAGCGAGGAAAAUAGCGUUUCGGUACCAGAAAAACCAGAUAAAAAGAAUACUUAAUAUGUUAUUAAUAAAUCAAUAAAAUUCUAUUGGAUAGAAA